UGCUGCUGGUGCUGCUGUUGUUGCUGCUCCCUAGCUGCUGCCGCUGUUACUGUUGCUGCUCUCUAGCUUUAUCUCCCUCUUCCCCGCGAACGCAGCCUUAAAAAAAAGGUGCGAUUCCAUGUGAAAGGGAAAAGCGCGUUAUUUCAAGCAACCUUGGUGAAUGAGCUGUUUUGCGAACGAGGCGUAUACCUAUCGGUUUAGAGCGGUGGCAUGAACCUUCCCUCGUUGUUCUAACGCCUGCUCACCGCAGGCGAUAGUAGGAGGUGGCAUAUGCCCGUGAAUCUUCAGGCGAUUUUAGACGCGACAUUUUAGGGGAAAUAGUAGGAGCUCGGAAAACUAUAAGAGCUAGGCGGCGGUUUGGCUGGUGCGCUUUAUUUUAUCCGUUAAACGACAGCAGCAGUAACGGGCAUAGGUUCUAUCAGGACUCCUGACCGGAGUGAUACUACUACUAUCGACUAAAUCAGCGCCGGAGUAAUACGGGAGCAGUCAGUCGCGGGCAAGGGAAAAACGAGGAGUUUCAGGCUGAAUUCACCCAGGUGGUUUGCGAAUUUCGAGGAAAAGGAAGCAGUUGUGGAUUCAAUUCUGGGAAGGAAUUUUGGGAAACGAAACGAAUUUCGGAAAGAGAAUUUGACCAGCGAGGAGGCAUAAGGCGCGCUGGUUUUGAGGCGCCUCAAAACUAAACUUGAAUCACGCACAGGUAUAAGGCGCGCUGCGCGAAUGGCGCGAGACGCGGCGACGGUGCACGACGGUCGCGCCACCGCACCUGCCGGCCGUCUCACGCGACGGUGGGCUGGCGGGAGGAGCGCGGGGCCGCCGCCGUUGUACACGUGCGGGCACAGGGAGCUGUGCCGGCGGGAGGAAGGGCGACGGGCGCCGCUGGCGUAUAUGCGCGCUGGCGCGGGGAACGAGCACCUGGUGUCUCGGCUGGAGCUGGCGGCCCGCUUGGAGGGGCACCACGGGUGCGUGAACACAGUGAGCUUCACGCCGUGCGGCGACCUGCUGCUGUCGGGGUCAGACGACUGGAGCAUCGUGCUGUGGGACUGGGCGCAGGGGGAGCAGCGCCUGCGCUGGCGCUCGGGGCACGAGAACAAUGUGUUCCAGGCGCGCGCCAUGCCGCACACGGGGAACAAGACCGUUGUGUCCUGCGCUGCUGACGGCCAGGUGCGGUGCAGCCUGCUGCGCGAGGGCGGCAGUGUGGACACUAAGCGGCUGGCGCGGCACCGCGGGCGUGCUCACAAGCUCUCAGUGGACCCCGCCUCGCCGCACUGCUUCCUCAGCUGCGGGGAGGACGGUGUCGUGCGCCACUUCGACCUGCGUCAGGACCGCCCCACCACCAAGCUGCUGACGUGUCAGCUGAUGCGCUCGCAGCGCGCCCUUGGGCUCAACGCCAUCGUCAUCAACCCCCUGCGCCCGCACCUCUUUGCCGUGGGGGGGGCAGACGAGUUUGCACGCCUCUAUGACAUCCGCAGGCUGAUGCCUGUGGCAGCGUCGUCCCUGCCGCCCUCUGACCGCCCGCUGGACACCUUUGCGCCGGACCACCUCAUCCACAGCACCCGCGACUACGUCUCGCCCACUGUGCACAUCACAUGCGUUGCGUUUUCAAACAGCGACGAGCUGCUAGCGUCUUACAACGACGAGUUGAUCUACCUCUUCCACCCGCACCACGGCUUAGGCGCUGACCCCCUCUCCGCGCCUGCUGCUGCUAGGAGGAGGAACAGAGUGAGGCAAGAGAGAGGGGAGAGCGAUGGGGGAAGGGGGAGCAGGAGGGGGCGGAGAGGAGCGAGAGGGGGGAGAAGAGGCGGAGAGGGGAGUGUUCGUGUUGGGGAGAGGGCGCGGGCGAGGGUGAGUGGGAGUGGGGAGAAAGAGAGUGAAGGGAGAGAGGAAGUGGAGGAGGAGGAUGAGGAGGGGCAUAGGAGGAGGAGGAGGUUGAGUGGGGGAGGGAGGGGAGAGGAAGGGGGGGAAGCGGGGGAAGGAGCAGAGGGAGGAGAAGGAAAGGGUGUUGAGAAGAAGGAAGAAGGAAGUGGGGAGGGGCCAGAAGAAGGUGGGAAUGCCAAGGUGCAUCGUGAGAGCGGCGAGGUGGAGAGAGCGAGGGGGGAGCAGGGAGAGGGGAGGGCAGCACAAAGGGGCGAGAGGCAGGUGGGGAGGGAGAAGGAGGAGGAGGAGAGGGUGGGGCUGCUUUCAACACGCAGAAACGGGGAGAUUGGGCGAGGGGGCGACUUGGGAACGCUGCGAGUGUGUCGAAACAGUCGCAGCGCCGCGGGAGAGGGAGUGGGAGAAGAGAAGGAGGAGGGGGAAGUGGAAGAGGGGGAGGAAGAGGAGCAAAAGGAAGACGAGGAGGACCCAGAUUUACGGAUGGACAAGGAGGAGGAGGAGGAGGAGGACGACGACGACGACGACGAAGCAGGGGCAGCAACAGCAGCGGGGGGAGGGGGGCAUUUGGAGGGUAUUCAGGUGUACACGGGGCACCGCAACGAGCAGACAGUGAAGGGGGUGAACUUCUUUGGACUCCGCAGCGAGUACGUGGUCAGCGGGUCGGACUGCGGCCACAUCUACAUCUGGCACAAGGCGGGCGGCAAACUCGUGGCCAUGCUGCCAGGGGAUCGGCAGGUAGUGAACUGCCUAGAGCCGCACCCAUCCCUCUGCGUCCUCGCCACCAGCGGCAUCGAAUCCAACGUCAAGAUCUGGACGCCCACCGCCGCCCACCCGAAGCCCCUGCCGCCCAACGCCGCCCAGAUCAUGGCUGGCAACAGCCGGCGCCGCGAGAACCCGGGCGGCAGCAGGGGCGGGUUUCGAUUGAUCGGGCCAGAAGAUCUAGAAUUGCUGCAGAUGCAUCUUAGGGAAGAGCAUGGGGAUUUGUUGGGGCGAGAUCGAGUGUUGACUAUCAGAGACCUGCUUGCUCUGACUGCUGUUAGUGCGCGACGGGCUGUGGGAGAGGAGGGGAGUAGGCGUGAGGGGGGUGAGGGGGGGCUGUAUCCAUGUGAGGAGGAGGAGGGUGAUGAAUUGGAGGAGGGGGAAGAGAGGGACGAGGAGGAGGAAGAGGAGGACGAGGAGGAGGAGGAGGAGGAGGAGGAGGAUGAGGAUGAGGAUGGGGAGAGGGAUAUGCGGAAUGAGUGCUAUGUUAGCUAGUUGACUCUCCCAUGCGUUCCCAUGCCCGCUCCCAUGCCCGCUCCCAUGCCCGUUCCCAUACUCUCCCUUGCUCUCCCACACUCUCCCUUGCUCUCCCAUACUCUCCCUUGCUCUCCCUUGCUCUCCCUUGCUCUCCCUUGCUCUCCCAUACUCUCCCUUGCUCUCCCUUGCUCUCCCAUUCUCUCCCUUGCUCUCCCUUGCUCUCCCUUGCUCUCCCUUACUCUCCCUUGCUCUCCCAUACUCUCCCUUGCUCUCCCUUGCUCACAAAUGCGCUCUAAUGCCCUGUCAUGCCCUCCCGUGCACCCCCGUGCGCCCACGCACUCUCUCCCCACCUGGGCACUGUACAGCACUCACUGGUCCCCAACUCCCCAAACUCCCAAACUCCCCAAAUCCCCAACUCCCCAACUUCUCAACUCCCCGGUCACUCCCAGCACGACGAGCGAGCCCUCGCUCCUGCCGUGCCCCUCAGCCCAUCCCCACGCGCACCUGUACAGCACCAUCUGGCCCAUGCUCCCACUAACCACCCACCCCCCGGGCACCUCUCCCUUACCUCCUCGCGCCUUCCAGCUCCACUACGUGCUUGCCUUGCCCGCCUUUCCCGCCGUUCCCUCCUUGCCCGCGUUGCAGAGCCAUCGCGCACUUCCCUCUGCUUGCCUUGCCGCACCUGCUUUUGUACAUAUUUAGCGUUGUGUCUGAACUACAGCUCAUACGUAUCCAGAUGGAGGGUGACGGGAUGAAGGGAUGUGAAGGGAGGUGAAGGGAGUUGAAAAGCGGUGUAGGGGAGUGAAGGGAGGUGAAGGGAGUUCAGGGUCAGGAAUGUUAAGGGGCGUCAAGUCCAAGGGACAGCAAGAGACGCCAAGGGAAGGGACAUGCGCUCUUGGAACUUUCUUGGGACAUGCUCUCUUUUACCCCUCUACCGGUAUUCCUCCUACCUGCACCUCGUUAUGGACCCUUCUGGACCUUUUUUGAAUUGCACGACACUAGAGGUUCUCUGAGGCACCUUAGAAUCCGCUCUGGCUUCCUGCUGGAUGACCAUUGCGCUAUCUCCCUCCCUGGAUCUUGUUUCAUUGUACAGAGACUGCUUGCGAACAAGGGCAUGUGUUGUGCACCUCCUGAUCUGUA